UUUCAUAGCUUACAGGGUAGUGUUGACUGCCGUACGAUGCCGGAAGCGCUGACGUUGCAAAGCAGUGGGCGGAUGCGAUUUCGACAUUUUGAGUGACACGCCCACCUCCGCGGCCUACUUUCCUGCCUAUUUACCUUUAUACCUCAGUUGGUCUUUUUGCUCGGGAUGCAAACCCCCACACAACCAAAAUAAGAAGAAGAAAUCUGACACGAUGUUCGGCUUGGAGCUUUUUUCAGCCACAACCUGGACUUUAGUUGCUUUUGUUCUUGCCUUGCUUUUGCUGUAUGGCAUUUGGCCUUUUGGACAUUUUAAAAAGUUGGGAAUACCAGGACCAAGGCCACUUCCCUUUGUAGGAACAAUGAUGACUUAUAAAAAGGGACUUGUGGUUGUUGACCGGGAGUGCCAAGCCAAAUAUGGAGACGUGUGGGGGAUGUUUGAUGGCAGAGUCCCGAUGAUAAUGGUGGCGGAUCCUGAGAUCAUAAAAGCUGUGCUGGUGAAGGAAUGCUACACCGCCUUCACCAACCGCAGGGACAACUUGGUGUUGGGAACUUUGAGUGAGGCCAUCACCAACGUCAAGGACGAAAAGUGGAAAAGAAUCCGCAGCUCCUUGUCGCCGUGCUUCACCAGCGGCAGACUGAAGCAGGUCUUUCCCCUCGUCGCUCGCUUGGCGGACCAACUGGCGGAGAGUCUCGGGAAAAAAGACUUAAGCCAAGCGGUUGACAUCAAACAAUUUGUAGGGUCCUACAGUUUGGACGUGAUCACCGGCGCCUCCUUCGGCGUGGAGGUCGACUCCAUAAACAACCCAGACAGCAUCAUUGUCACUCAUCUCAAAGGCAUUCUCAACUUCAAAUUCUGGAAAAUGAUGGUCCUGAUGCUCUUUCCCUUCACACAAUAUCUGCUCAACCUGUUGAAAUUUGACCUCGUGCCCAAGCACCAUGUGGUCUUUUUCUUGAACAUCAUUAAGAGGUUUAAAGACGAGCAUCAAAACGACCAGUCGAGCAGUGAAGACUUCCUGCAGGUGAUGAUCCAACAUGAGAUACCGGCGUCAGACAUAAAGAGCGAACAGGAGCAGCCAAGUAAAGGCCUGACGGAAGAGGAGAUCCUCUCACAAGCCUUAAUUUUCAUCUUUGGGGGCUUUGAGACCACCGCCGCAGCCCUCACGUUCCUGCUGUACAACCUGGUCACCAACCCUGAUGCCAUGAAGGCCUUGCAGGAGGAGAUCGACGCCAAGGUUCCCACAGAUGCUCCUAUAUCGUACGAGACCAUGCUCAAUCUGGAGUACCUGGACAACGUCAUUAACGAGUCGAUGCGAGUCCUUUCACCCGCGCCGCGACUUGAGAGGAUGUGCAAGAAGACCAUCCAGAUUAACGGCUACACUUUCCCCGAAGGAACCAUGGUGGGCAUUCCUGUGACUGUCCUCCACAAGGACCCACGUUUUUGGCAAGACCCAGAGAAGUUCCAACCAGAGAGAUUCAGCAAAGAUCGCGCGGAAGAGGUGAACCCGUACGCCUACAUGCCCUUUGGCCUCGGCCCUCGCAACUGCGUGGGGAUGCGCUACGCUCUCCUCACCAUGAAGAUGGUGGUCGUGCGUCUGUUGCAGAGCUACACCAUAGAGACGUGCAAAGAGACCACAAUUCCUCUGGAGUUUGAUUGGGCGUUUAGACCAAAGACGCCAGUGAAACUCAAGUUUGUGCCCAGACAGGCGUAGCUCAAAAAGGGACAAAUGAUGCUAAAAUGAAGCUUAUUUUUUCAAACACAUCUUUGCUUCUUUCAAUGACAAACCUUCCAAGAUUAAAUGUAUUUUGACAUAAAAACACUAUAUAGCUUUAGCUGCAAAACAUUUCUAAAUAACUUUACAACAUGUAUAAAUGCAACUGUAACAUGACAUUAAAGGUCCCAUAUCAUACAGAA